AGAUGUCAAACAACUUAAAUUGUAAAAAAUAAUAACAAAUAAUUAAAUAACCUAUUAUUUUUUGGGUGUUUAUGUCAUCUGAAGAAAAAAUUCAAUGAUUUUAUUCAUUCAACUGAAUGAGUAACUUAAACGGAAUCAACUGGAGAUGCGGUUUUGAGGAAAUCUUCAUAACAAUUCUGCAAAACAUCAGUCUAGGUUCUUUUAUUCUUUUAGCUAUGAAAUAAAUAACAUUAAUAAACAUGUCAUCUAAAAAUUUUAUGCUCAUCAAGUUGUUUUACCGUUAUUCUACAAAGACACCAUUUGUUGAGGCAGGUUUCAGUGUUCUCACUAGAAGGCAACUGACUUGUUGGAAUCAAAAUAUCAGUGUAAGAGGAUUAAGAUGGUCUGAAUCUUUAUGUAAAACUAAGAAUGAAGAGAAUGCUACCAAGAAGGUGAACCCCAAGGGGGCAGAGGGUUCAUCUAAAAAAACCAAGAAAGAACCUGUCUUAAAUAUUAUAGCUCCUGAAAUUAAAGAGGAACAAGUCGCAAAAAAUUCGAAUAUUGCUGCUUCAAGUCAAAAUUCUGAUACAUCUACUAAUGCACUGCCAGAAGAUCAGUUAAGGAAGGUGAAAAACCAAUCAAAAGAUGCAGAAAAAUCUGUACAAAGUGACGUAAAAGAUAUAGGGAAAAAACGGGUAAAGCUAGACUUAGCUGCUCAGUCUUUAGAGAGAAACUUUAUUACACCAUUUAGAGCAAUGUCUGAGUUCUUAUUGAAACCAUCAGAUUUGGAAAAUUUACCUAGAACAAGAAGAAGAUCACCUUAUGAAUGUGAACCUCCAAUAACAGUUUAUUGGAGAAAAGAUGUAGAGGCAAAAGCCAUGGAAAUUUGGGGAUCUAAAGAAGUAUUAAAUAUGGAGUUAUUGAAGAGGGAUAUUGAAAAGAAGAGAUACCAACAGAAUAUUUUCAUGGUAAAAAGAAGAUUACGGGAUUAUAGAAGAGAAAUAUCAAAAUCUGCAGGCGAAACUGUGAAAGAUAAUGAUCCUGGCUUAUCUGGUAGAUCAGGAAGAGUGGUACUAAUAGCUGUAGGAAUAAAUAUGGCAAAUUGUCUGUUCAAAUUAUUUGCUUGGUUAUACACAGGAUCCCACAGCAUGUUCUCAGAAUGUAUACAUUCCUUGGCAGAUACUGUAAAUCAAGUUAUUUUAGCUUUUGGAAUCCAUAAAUCUGUUCAGCUAGCCAAUUCCUAUCAUCCCUAUGGAUAUAAUAACAUGAAAUAUGUUGCAUCACUUAUAUCGGGAGUUGGAAUAUUUUGCGUUGGUACUGGACUUUCCUUUUAUCAUGGUAUCACUGGUAUUAUGAAUCCAGAACCCUUAUCGGAUUUUUUUUGGGCUUACUUCAUUUUAGGGGGUUCAUUUGUUUCCGAGGGUGCUACUUGUAUGGUUGCUUUCAAUUCUAUAAGAAAAGGAGCUAAAGAAGCUAAAAUGUCUGUACAAGAAUAUAUUUUUAAGAGUAAGGAUCCAAGUGUUAACGUUGUAUUAUUGGAAGAUUUCGCUGCGGUUGUGGGUGUGGUGGUGGCUGCUGGGUGUAUGAGUUGGGCAUCAAUAACAAACAGUCCGAUUCCAGAUGCCCUUGGCUGCCUAGGUAUAGGGUGCAUCUUAGGUUCCGUAGCUUCUUUCAUCAUUUAUUCUAAUGUUGCUGCUUUGGUGGGAAGAUCUAUCCCGGAAGAUGACUUGAACAAAAUAAAUGGCGAGUUAGAAAGCGAUGUAAUGGUGCGAGCAAUCCAUGACGUUAAAGGCAUAGAUAUGGGCAACUAUCUGGUGCGAUACAAAGCGGAAGUUGAUUUCGAUGGAAGGGAGUUAACUAGAUCGUAUUUGGAUAAACAGGAUCUCAAUAUGUUGCUGGAGGAAUGUAAGAAGAUUGAAAAUAUAGAUCAAUUGGAAGAAUUCAUUUUGAAACAUGGGGAAAACAUUGUUGAUUCUGUUGGUGGAGAAAUCGAUAGAAUAGAGAUGAAAUUGAGGAAGAAACACCCUGAAAUCCGCCAUUGUGAUUUGGAAAUAUUGUGAACAUGCUUGAAAAAUCUGUAUAUAAAUAAGCUGAUAUACUUAAUUUCCAACUGUAUAGUAUUUUGUGAUUCUUUUCAUAUGAUUAGGCCAAAAAUUAUCUUUGAUUCUAAGUGAUAAAAUCUUUGAUUAUUUGUUAUUAGUUUAUUGGAAUAGUUGGUUUUUUAUUUAUUUAUCUAGAUUAAAAUUAAAAAUGAGCACUCAACAAAACAAUUGUUCUUAUAUAUUCUUCUAUAUUCCACUUAAACAGGAAGCUUGUUAUAAAUAUGGAAAACUAAAAAAAAUGAGGUUAUCUGCUGAAUAAACAUUGAAAAAAUGGAA